CCCGAUGAGGGCUGAAUUCAGGUUAUCUUUGGAUCCUAAGGCCUUUUUUGCGAGGGGUGGGUGGAGUUUCCCCUUCCCCCUGUCCCGACCUGAGUUUGGGUCCCGGCGGUUGGGUCUUGCCUCUCUCCGGUCUCCCUGCUGGUAACUCCUCUGGUCCUGGUCCCCUUCCGCAAACUAUCCACAAGUCUUCAACUGUUAGGAAAGUUUCCAGGAAAUUCGAAGUGAGAGAAGUCACCUGGUCAUCCGAACCCCUGCAAUGGAUCAGCACAAGUAUCGCACGGCGGGCGUCCAGGAGAAGCUGGAGAUCGUCGGGGUGGAGGACGAGGCCGGGAACCCCAUCAGCGCCCUGACCAUCCUGUCGCUGCUGGAGCGCGUGGCCGGCAUCAUCGACAACGUCCAGUCCUGCCAACAGCGCAUGGAGGAGCGUCAGCUGGACCUGGAGACCAACAUCAAGACCAUCCAGGGCGACGUCCUGAAGCUGGUCAAGGACCACGGCGAAACCAGCGGCACGGUGGAGAAGCUCCUGCAGAAGACCCGCAAGGUCAGCGCCAACGUCAAGGAGGUGCGGGCGCGGGUGGAGAAGCAGAACGUCCGGGUCAAGAAGGUCGAGUCCACGCAGGACGAGCUGCUCACGCGCAACAAGUUCCGCGUCGUCAUCUAUCAGGGCGAGAACGAGGUCCCGUCGGUCGCCGUGAUGAAGUCUCCCAAAGGCCCCGGCCUGGAGGGGCUGGCGGUGGAGCCCGACUCCUACGACGUGCCCUUCGACCUCUCCUCCGACGAGGAGUACCUGAGCGUGGAGGAGGCCGACCCCUCGCGGUCCGCGCGCAUCAAGAAGUCGGUGGCGAAGAGCACCGAGACCCUGAAGGCCGCCUUCUCCAAGGAGAACAUGAGCAAAACCAAAGGCACCCUGGGCACCAAGUUCCACAACCUGGGCGACAAGGUGAUGCCGCCGGAGAGGCGGGACAAGAUGCAGCAGGCCGGCGAGCGGCUGAAGCAGUCCGGCGAGCGGCUGAAGGAGAACAUCGCCAAGAAGGCGUCCAACAAAGAGACCUUCCGCAUCAAGCUGAAGAAGGAGAGGGCCGUCGCCGAGGGCCAGGAGGGCGCCGAGGCCGAGCCCCGCGACCGGGCCCCGGAGGAGGAGCCGGUCGCCUACACCGAGGUCGCCGUGGAAACCAAGAGGGAGGGGCCCGUGGAAGAGGCCGGUGCCACCCGGAUAGGGGAGGAGCAAUACGGGAAGUAGAUAUCGGGUGGAGGCGGGACACUGGAGAAAGGACGCGAUGCCGAGGAUUUGGAGAGAAGGUCUGCGAUUGGUCGACGUCGAUGGAUGUUUAAAAACGGAAGAAGUUCUGGUUAUUUAUUUAAAUCUGUUUUCAGGGAGUCAGGUGACCGGGGUCAGGUGACCGGGGUCAGGUGACCGGAGUCAGGUGACCGGAGUCAGGUGACCGGGGUCAGGUGACAGAGGUCAGGUGACCGGGGUCAGGUGACCGGGGUCAGGUGACAGAGGUCAGGUGACCGGGGUCAGGUGACAGAGGUCAGGUGACCGGAGUCAGGUGACCGGGGUCAGGUGACCGGGGUCAGGUGACCGGAGUCAGGUGACCGGGGUCAGGUGACCGGGGUCAGGUGACCGGAGUCAGGUGACCGGGGUCAGGUGACCGGGGUCAGGUGACCGAGGUCAGGUGACCGGGGUCAGGUGACCGGAGUCAGGUGACCGGGGUCAGGUGACCGAGGUCAGGUGACCGGGGUCAGGUGACCGGGGUCAGGUGAGGUUUAUUUGGACAUGACAGCUGGAAGGAAAGGAAGGAUGAGUGUUGUACAUCUCAAGGUGACAUGCUGUGGGUCAACAUGAGGAGCUCGGGGUGGCCGGUCUCAGCUGGUCUCUGAGCCUGGAGAGGAAACACCAACGUCAGACCGGCUUCUUGAGGCGGAGGGAAGGAGACGCGCCUCGAUAGACGACCGAGCUUCUAGAGAGAUGCAACACGGUCUGGGACUUCAUUUCCCAGAAUUCCUUUCACUCACGCUGAAACAAUGAAAAGUUCAGGGAAGAGAGUCGUCAUGGAGGUACGGAUUAGCGGUUAGCAGUUAGAAGUUAGCGGUUAGCUGUUAGCGUUUUAGCUGUUAUCUGUUAGCGGUUAGCAUUUAGCGGUCAGCCAUUAGAAGUUAGCGGUUAGCUGUUAGCAGUUAGCGGUUAGCAUUUAGUGGUUCGCAAGAUUGAUAGUCGCCAACACAAAGCGUAGCACUGUUCAUCCGUCCGCCGACACGUCUUUUCGUGAAUGUAGUCCGUUGAGUUUCCUCGUGUGGAGAGAGAUUAAUGACCACGUUAAAGACAACAGAACAAGAUUUAAAUGGAAUUAAACGGAGCCUUUAGAACGAAAUACAGAAACAAUUCAACAGAGGAUGGACUUUGUGUCCGGAAUCCGACGGCGUUGUUCAAAUGUCAGCGAAUGCAUCAUGAAGGCUCUCGGCCUCCUUCGAUUUCCCCUGAAAUAGAUUUAUUCCGAUUAUUUCUGCAUCAAAUGUAAAUAUUCAACAUGUCCGCUGCCUCCUAACCCCGCGACUCCGGGUUCCACUUUGUGGUGAAACGUCGAGGCGGCUUCGUGGUGUUGUAGCCGAGACGACUCUUCUGAGCGUGACAGGUAGGAGACGAGGCGGUAGGAGGCGAGGCGGUAGGAGACGAGGCGGUAGGAGGCGAGGCGGUAGGAGACGAGGCGGUAGGAGGCGAGGCGGUAGGAGACGAGGCGGUAGGAGACGAGGCGGUAGGACACGAGGCGGUAGGAGACGAGGCGGGAGGAGGCGAGGCGGCAGGAGGCGAGGCGGU